AUGGCUAAGGCUGCUGCUGGAAAGAAGGCAUCUCCUGUCAAGAAGGUCAAGAAGGGAGGAAAGGGAAAGGACCCGAACGCACCGAAGCGCGCCAUGUCCGCCUUCUUCUUCUGGAUGCAGGAGAACCGCGACCGCAUCAAGAAGCCGGGAAUGGGAGUCGCUGACGUCGCCAAGGCCGCCGGAGUCGAGUGGGGCAAGCUCACCGACAAGUCGGUAAGUAGCACAAACUCCUGAGAGUCGAGAACAUCCCUAAUUUGAAUGUUUCCUUCAGAAGUGGGAGAAGAAGGCUGCCGACGACAAAAAGAGAUACGAGGUCGACAUCGCCAGUUACAAGAAGAAGAACCAACCGCAGUAA